AUCACUAAUGCCUCAGAGUUAGAGAUCACUCAAACUCAGGACAAUCAAAAGAUUGCACUGAUAUUGUCAAGUGCGAGAAUGGACCUAGGCUUCAACUUUAUGAUCAAUGAUGCUUGGGUGAGGACACAACGCAGUCUAAAGUCAACACAGUUUGUCAUAUUGGACAAGAUCACAAUGGAUAUAUUCAAUGAUACCGUCGACUCUUUGAUCGCCGAUGGCUACAAGGGCAUCAUUGCUGGCUCGCUCGAGAUGACCUAUGUGACGCGCGACUACUCGCGUCGCUACCCCAACAUCUACUGGCUGGCACGUGGCAGUCUGAUCAACGCUCGUAACAUUGCUUACGUCACCUACAACAUUGGCCUGUUCCAGUACAUUGUCGGCUACUUUGCCGGUCUGAUGACCCAAACCAACAAGAUCGGCUUCAUCGGGCCGGGCCCCAACCUCCUGCCCAACUACAACGCCAACGCGUUGUUUGUUGGCGCGCGUGCGGCAAAGCCCAACACCGAAGUGUAUAUGUACGAGACGGGCAAGUGGAUCAACGUGGAUGUGUCGGUGGGCGCCACCAACUCGCUGGUGGACGGCGGCAUCGACUACUUGUGCAACAGUCAGGACGACCAGUCAGCUUCCAUUCAGAUGAUCAAGCGUGGUCUGUUGGGAAUGGGCACGAAUGGCUUCCCUCAGCGUACACUCUAUGGCGAGCACAUUGCCAUGAGCAUCGUACACAAUUGGACCAACGUAUUCUUGGACUGGGCUCAAAUCGUCCAAUCUGGAAACAACAUAUCCACCACAAAUGGCAACUACAACGGUGACUUCUCAAAUGGAUUCCUUCAAAUGGAUAAUUGUAUCAAUUCAUCGAUAUUCUUUAAGAUGAACACACCGUAUCCUGGAAUGACCAACUACGGCCAGUAUAAAGUGCCCCUGCAAGAGGUCAAAGUCGACACAUCCGUACUCUAUGGCAUAUCAAUCACAUCCGGUGUAUUCAUCGUUGGCACAAUUGUUUUGAUGCUGCUCAUCUUUGUGUUUCGCAACUCUCAUUCAAUCCGCUCAGCCAGUCCAAUAUUCUGUCUCACCAUCUCACUUGGCGCCAUCAUGACCUAUGUUGGCCUGAUACUCUACGUCCUGCCGCCGACCAAUCCCAUCUGUAACUCAAAGUACUGGAUGUUGGCCAUUGGCUACAUCCUGAUGAUUGGAUCACUGGUGGUCAAGAACAUCAGGAUCUGGUUCAUCUUUGACAAUCCAGAGUUGCGCGUCAUCCGCAUCACCAACCUGCAGCUAAUGCCUUGGGUGGGCGGCCUGGUCGCAAUCAUGGUGAUGCUUCUGGCCCUGCUGCACUCACCUAGUGUGGGCAACCUACGCAUGGUCGUCACCAACGAGACGACCAACGACUACCUACAGCGCUACCAAUAUCAAGAGGUGUGCCGAAUGGACGAGCACGGCGGCAUCAUUCUCUACGUCAUCCUGGGCGUGUUUGGUCUGCUGAUCCUGGCGGGUGUUUUUGUCUCGUGGAAGAUCAGAAUCGUGGACAUUGACGAGUUCAACGAGAGCCGGCCCAUUGCCAAGGUGCUCUAUGUUAUCUUGUUCUCGGCCUUUGUUGUCGUGCCACUGCUGGUGUCGCCACACACACAGAGUAAUGAGAACACAAUAAUUUGUUCGGCAGGCAUCUUCAUCACGACCGUCACAAUGAUCAUAUUGUUUGCGCCAAAGUUCUGGCGCAUCUAUCUCUACGGCGCAAACUCUACAGAGAUGUUCACGAGGAAUACCAAGUCAUCGAUUGCGUCACAGCGCUCAAAGAACAACAGCUCGCGAGCACAAAAGACAAGUGGGGCAGCAUCAUCAUAUGACACAAGUCGAGAGAAUGACAGUGGAGCAGUUGUUGGACAAGAUUCAGAUAUGAUGGUGGUAGGUGAUAGUACAGUUAGCAAUAUGGAGAGUAGCAAGCCUUAUACUCAAUAUGCUACAUUCGAUUCGGAUGAUGAAGAUGAUACUCAUCCAGCUAUAAUAGUUACAAUGGCUAGUGAUAGCAAUAACAACAACAACAACAAUAAUAAUAAUAAUAAUAAUGCAUCGAGCAAUCAACAACAACAUAAUACAGAUAAAAUAGUAGUAUCAAUAAUUAGUAAUAACGACGACAAUAUCAAUGACAACGAUAUCGAAUUACAACAAACAAUGUAUAAU